AAGAGGAAAUCCACUCGGAGCCCUAAAAUUUCAUUUUACCUGUGGAAACGCGGGCUACUAAUAAAUCUGCAUAAACCCCUCUACCGAAUAAAACCGUGGAUGCUCUGAAGCCGCUAUGGCCGCCAUUUCGACAAAAUUACUCCUCGCCAAAUCUCAAAACUCCAGAGUCCCUGAAAUCAAAUCUCUUUAUCCAUUGGUAUCCCCAUACAAUCUCAAGAGUUCUCUUCAAAAUACCCUUUCAUAUUUUACGCUCAAGCUGGAAAUCCGUCAUUCCAGAACCACUUAGGAAUCGUUGGUUGUUAAGGCGCUCAAGUGCCUACUGGUAUUCGAGCCAUACUGAAGGAGAUCAGCAGACCUUAAUAUUUCAAAAAAUUAAAACCUUUGUAUUCAGGGUGUUUUCCGCAGCAAGGUUUUGCUUGGCUUUUUGGCAAAGACGGGAGACUUUCUAUCCCCUGACUGCAAGUCAGUGUAUUUUUUUGCGGAGUGGUUUUGUUCGUUACAAUGGAGGUGCACAGGGUGAGGUCUAUCGAGUGGAAGCCGUCAGCGGUGGUGGCACUUGCAACGAGUGUUGAUGAAACACUGGUCGCAGUAGCACGCGAAGACGCCUCCAUUGAAAUCUGGAGUGUUGCCCCUGGGUCCGUUGGAUGGCACUGCCUGCUGACUCUUCGAGGAAGACAAGACUAUGUAAUUUCGUCACUUGUUUGGUGUCAUUCAAGCUUGGGGACCUGUGCACCUGGUCGUUUAUUUUCAGCUUCUUUAGAUGGAACCAUUUCUGAAUGGGACCUUUGUUCCUUGGAGCAAAAGACAGUUUCAGAUUCCUUUGGAGGAUCAAUCUGGCAGAUGGCAGCUGAGCCUUUGUUGGCACGAGGAACUUUUUGUAUCAAGCACAAUAAAGAUGAUGAUGAUGAUGAUAAAAAUGGAAUAAAUAGUAAUUCCACUGAUGAAUCAGACAGUGAAAAAGAGAGGGAUGAUUUUGUGGAGCAGCAAGUAGCUCUUGCAUGUGAUGAUGGUUGUGUUCGCAUUUAUGUUGUCCGCAACACAGAGGAAAACAUAACAUAUCACAAAUCAUUUCCAAGAGUUAAAGGUCGUAUUUUGUGUGUUGCAUGGAGUUUGGAUUCAAAACGAAUAUUUGCUGGAGGCUCUGAUGGUUGUAUCAGAUGUUGGGAUACCAAUACAUCACGUGAGUUGUAUAGAAUGACUGCAGGAAUUGGAGGUUUGCAGAGCGGGUCAGACCUUUGUAUCUGGUCCCUUUUUUCACUGCGAGAUGGAACUCUUGUGAGUGGGGAUGGCACAGGGACAACUCAGUUUUGGGAUUCUCAGCAGGGAGCACUACUGCAAGCACAUACAUAUCAUAAUGGGGAUGUUUUGUCUUUGGCAGCAACUCCAAAUCAUCAGGGUGUAUUUUCUGCUGGUUCUGAUGGUCAAGUAAUACAUUAUAAAUUUGUGCCUGGAAAUAUCAAAUCUCACAAUAACAGAGUUGAGAAUUUAGCUGCUGUUACUCGUGAUAGUUGGGUUUUUGCUGGUAGCAAACGGGUUCACACACAUGAUGUAAGGGCAUUGACUGUAGCGUCACCUUUGAUAUUUGAAAAGGGUGAGUUUCGUGGUGAGCCAAGUAAUAAGGAAAGGGAUGAUCGCAGGCCAUCAGGGUUGGAUUAUCAUAAAUGGGCUGUUCCAGGAGUUCCAAUGUUGAUUUCAGGGGGUGAUGAUGCAAAGCUUUUUGCAUAUCCUGCCAAUUUGUUCCUUGAUUUUAAUCCACAUGAUAUAUGUCCAGCUCCUCAGCGAGUAUUUGUGCAGAUGGUCUAUAAACCAAAGAUUGGCAAAGGACCUAUCAUGAUGACGCAAUACUUGAGCUGGUUGGAUGUAUCACAGACCAACAUAGAUACAGAUUUUGAGCUUGGCAAGAGAAAAAGGGGUUCUGAUUCUGAAGAUGAUUCCAGUUAUCAUAACCAUAGUUCACAUAAAGAUGCAAGGAAUCAAAAUGGAAAUAAUGCUCGGGUAAACUCUCUUGUGAAGGGUAGGCCCCCAAAGUUAAUGGCCAGAUUAAAAUGCAAACAUUCUCAGCAUAUUGUUUGUAGUGCAAUGUCUGAAUCGGGGCAUUUGAUUGCCUUUUCUGAUCGUAUUAAACCCAGUCUGUAUAAAUUAAAGUCUGAUUCAUUGGAGGGCUCUGAAGGUAGUGGAGAUGGUUGGAGAUUAAAGAAGAAGCGCCUACCACAGUGUUUGUCACCUGCCCAGAGUAUGGUGUUUAGUACUGAUUCCACACGGUUUAUAAUUGCAAGCAAUGAUAGAAAGAUACAUGUUGUGGAUGUUGAUAGCUUGGAAUUAUUGCACACAUUUGAUCCCUUCACAAAUUAUAACAUGGAGCAGGAAAUGUCAAGGUCACCUAUAACAAAGUUGUAUACUAGUGGUGAUGGGCAAUGGUUGGCUGCUGUAAAUUGUUACGGGGAUAUAUAUAUUUUCAACUUGGAGAUUCUUAGGCAACAUUGGUAUAUUUCGAGAUUGGAUGGAUGUGCUGUGACGGCAGCAGGGUUUCAUCCAAGCAGUAGAAAUGUUUUUGUAGUCACAACAUCUUCAAAUCAUGUGUACGUGUUGGAUGUUGAUGCAAAACAAUUAGGGGAGUGGUCAAAACAUUAUACUUCUGGCCUACCAAAGCGUUUUUUAGAGUUUCCAGGGGAAGUAAUUGGUCUGUCGUUUCCACCCUCUUCGAAGGCAACUUCGGUGAUUGUCCACAGCUCAAAGGCAAUGUGUUUGAUAGAUUUUGGUAAGCCUGUAAGGCAGGAUGACAAUGAUUCAAAGAAUGGUCUGGCAUUUCAGACAUUUCAGAAAUUGGACAAAUUAGAAAAUGAGUUUGCCAAUGGAAAUGGAAAGCCAAAGAGCGGCAAGCUAAAACACAAAUCAGCAAUAUUUGCGGACAGAAACUUUGUAAUUAUACCCUUUAGGUAUCCUGUACACUUUUUGGGACAUUUGUCUGAUCAUUCUAUUGUUAUUGUAGAGAAGCCUUGGGGUAAUGUGUUGCAGAAGUUGAAGGCACCAGUAUACAGACAUGUUUUUGGAACUUAAGAAAAACAGUGAGUACUGUGCAAUUCUGUUCUUUUAAGCCCAAGACAUUCGUGUGUCCUGGGAUGCGACGAUGUUUCUGACUUCACGGUCAUGAUUCAAUUAUGAUAGCCCGAUAGCAGAUGAGUCUUACUUCAAAAGCUUAAUAUUAAUUGGAGAUUGCCACGGAUUGUAGCAAAUACAUCUUGUAAUAAAUGGGGAAUGUGCAAUAGCAAUUUUGAUGGAUCAUUGUGUUCACUCAGAAUACAUCUAGUAGUCACCUAAUGAAAUUCUGUUUCAUGAAAUGCCUUUUCCCAUUUUGUUGGGGGCUGAAUAAUCGAUUGAUCAAAUUUAAGGGUUUUGUUUUA